AUGAGAGGCUCUGAAAACACUUCUACUGCCUCUCUCUCUCUCUCUCCAAAAAUGAUGAUUUCCCUCAAAGCCAUGCAGACCUCCUUCGCUCCAAAGCAUGCCCUUUUCCACACAAGAGUACUCCACACGAAGAAUCCCACACUAAUCUCACUCUGCAAAUCCAAAGAAUCCAAUGCCGAGGAAUCCCAACCUGAAGGAGAUGUUCAAAAACAGGAACUGCUUGCCAAAAUUGCAAUGCUUGAAGCGCAAAAAGUCCGCCUCACCGAUUACUUGGACGAGCGGUCCACCUAUCUAACCAAAUUCGCUGAAGAAGCCAAUGCCGAGCUCGACCAGUUUGGAGAAAAUGCUCUUAGAGAUCUCAAUGAAGCCAGUGCCAAGAUAAUGGGGGAUCUAGACAGCCAAAUGCAAGCAUUUGAAGAAUCUGCAGAGUUGAACAAAGCUAAGAUUGAGGAGAAUCAAAAGAAGUUAGCAGAAGUUGAAGGCCUGAUAGAGAAAGACAGGAAUGAAGGGCUAUUCUUUAAGAACUUGGGGCAGGGGAAGCCUAUUGACAAAGCAAAAGCUAAAGAGGAAAUGCAGAAGAUUAAGGAGAUUACCAUAGACAGUGCCGGAUCAAAGACUAGGCGGAAUAUUUACCUCGCAUUGAUUGGCUUGGUCGCCGCCGGGAUCGCUGAUUCGUUGAUCUCUUCUUCAACCAGAUGGCAAAAGGUUGCGAUUCUUGGAGCGAUUUUGGUGGGUUUGAUUUCCCAACUCAUCUACGAGCAGAACAUAUUGUCAAAAACAGAAAAAACAGAAAAGGAGAAAAGUGAGGACAAGAAAGAUUGAUGUUUUUUCUUUCCUCAGUCUAAUUGUUUUGUUGUGACACUUAUUACCAGAUAGAAAUAUAGCAUGAGAUAUAACUCCAA